UUUAAAAAGGCUCAUCAUAUGAUCAGGUGUCAGCUGUUUUCCUGAAGAAUUCAGAAGAUUUUGUGAGGAGAAAAAUGUCCGCUGGUAAGAAUAAGCAUCUGGCUGUGGGCUAUGACGAACUGCUGAAGUACACCGAGAAGUACAAAAACAUACCGAAACUUUUCAUCCUCUACACUGGAUCCAAGAAUGAAAAUGGAUGUAGCUGGUGCAGCGAUUGUAAUCAAACCUUCCCCACCAUUGACAAGGUCUUCACGAGACACCCUGACGCCCACCUCAUCAUCUGUGACGUCGGCAACAGGCCCGAGUGGAAGGACCCGAACAACUCCUUUAGGAAAAAUCUAAAAAUAAAUUCUAUCCCAACCCUGGUCAAUUAUCAUCAAAGUUCCAAAAGGCUGGAAGAUAAGGAGUGCGGGAAUGAAGAGCUACUGACUUUAAUGGUGGAAGAAAAUUAGAUGGAUAGAUGAAUGAACGAAUGAAUGAAUGAACGAAUGAAUGAAUGAAUGAAUGAAUGAAUGAAUGAAUGAAUGAAUGAAUGAAUGAAUGAAUGAAUGAAUGAAUGAAUGAAUGAAUGAAUGAAUGAAUGAAUGAUAGAAUUGUUAGCUAAAUCGCAAGUUUGAUGAUCAACUUAUGAAUGAAUAGUUUUAAAUCUUUACGCCAGUUUAAAAUAUUUACCUCUGUCAGUUUUCAAUGAUAAUAAUAAUUAUUAUUAUUAUUAUAACAAUAAUAAUUAUAAUAUUUUAUUAUUAUUACCGUGGCAAUUCAUGUAUGCAUGCAUCAAUUCACGUAUGCAUGCAUCACAUGAUCGCAAUCGUCGUCGCCAUAAUCGUUAUCAAUAAUAAUUCAAGGAA